UAGCGAUGAACGGGAUUAUAAUUUAUUUAUUGUUAAUGUUAAAGAGAGUCAGCUGUAUGGACCCGUUGCUGAAGGAUCUUUUAACACCAAACCCGCAGCUCGGAGAGAAAUGCGGCUAUCAGAGCUGUCCGAACGUAAAGGACGGUUGGAUAAACAUUCACAUAGUGCCGUACUCACACGCGGAGCUGGGAUUCAUGAAGACGUUCUCAGAUUAUUACACAGGAGGUAACGACGACAUAUACCAAAAAAGUCGCAUCAACAUGAAACAAAUCCUGGAUUCCACUAUUAGUGAGCUGUGGGCCUACAAAGAGAGGAGGUUCAUUAUAGCAGACAGUGAACUGCCAUAUUUUUUUCACUGGUGGUCCAAAAGGGACGGGACAGUACGUAGAAUGGUGUACGAGCUGGUCCGCCAGGGUCGGCUCGUGAUCGUGGGCGGAGGCUGGGGCCUGCAGGACGAGACCACCACGUACUACCAGUCCGUCAUAGACAGCUACACGUACUCCCUCAGGAAGAUCAACGCUACUUUCCUGGAGUGCGGCCGGCCGCUGGUCGCGUGGCAGGCUGAUAACUUCGGCCACUCCCGGGAGUUCGCGUCCCUGGUCGCCCUCAUGGGCUUCGACGGACUCUUCAUCAACCCCAUCAGCUUCGACGACGAACUCAUCAGGAUGGAGAGGAAGGGACUCGAGUUCCUGUGGAGGGGCAGCGACGACCUGGGCCCGGAGACUGACAUCUUCACCCACAAGCUGUUCGACGGCUACUGGUCGCCCCCCGGCUUCUGCUUCGGCAGCAUGUGCUCGGACCCGCUGCUCGUCACCAGCGAUACGCUUUUUAAUAACGCUAAAGAGAGGGCCCAGCUGUUCAUUGAGAAGAUCCGUUUCCGCCAAGCUCCUAACUAUCAGACCAAGCAGGUGAUGGUGAUGAUGGGUCAGAGGAUGGGCUACGCGGACUCCAAGCUCUGGUUCAAUAACAUCGAGAAACUUAUAAGUUAUGUCAACGAGGAAGCGUUCGAAGAUAAAAUGUACGCCAUGUACUCGACUCCGAUGUGCUACCUGCAGGCGGCCUACCAAGAGAACCCAAUUUUGGAAACGAAACAGGACGACUUCAUACCGUUCGCGUACGACCAGGACUCCUACAUGACCGGCCUCUUCACCUCCAGACCUAGCUUCAAGUACUUGGUCAGAGAGGCCAACGUGUUCCUACAGAUAGCGAAACAGUUGCAAGUCUUGACCAACUUGAGAAACAACGACGGAAUAUUCGAAGAGUACAUGUGGAUCAUGGGCGUGGCGCAGGACCACAAUAUCAUAACGGGCGCCAUGCGGCCCUACGCCAAGAACUACUACACUAAGUACCUCAGCAUCGCCAUACAGAAGUCCACCAUCGUCGCGAAGCAGGCCUUCAACAAAGUGCGCGCCAACAACCCUUCGCUCCUCACCGACUACACGCUGUGUUACCUGAACGAGUCUUCGUGUCCCAACACUAAGGUCCCCUAUUUUUAUAUAACUGUAUACAAUCCCUUGGCUUGGAACGUCACGAUGCCUGUGAGGGUGCCGGCCUACAAAAGGAGAUACAACGUCUACGAUCCUCACGGUGAAGUAGUCCCCUCGGCGUUAAUGCGAAUACCGCAGCAGGUCCUGAGCAUACCCGGCAGGUUCGCAGAACACGACCUGGAGCUGGUCUUCAUCGCUCCAGAACUUCCAGCGCUCGGCUUCAGGUCCUACUACAUAGAGGAGGUGAAGAGAAACAAACGAUCACUUAUAAAGAAGAUCGGCAAGAACAAACAGAAGUACUUCAUAAGACAAGCGCCGAGGACAGACAACGCGACGCUCCUAGACGAUCCCGCGUACGACGAGGCUGAGGCUCAGCCGGAAGACAUCGGAGAGAGUAGGGCUGAGGGCUCCGAGGACGGGCACGACGCCACGAGAAGACCGGAAGUGACGUACGAGGAGCUGGAACACACGGACGGUACGGCCGACACCACACCCACCACCACACGCACCACCACCAGAGAGACGCGGACACGCGGCGACAGCAGCUGGGUGGAGUCGAGCGACACCUACAUCGGGAACAAGUACAUACGAAUAAGCCUGGACAGUCACCGCAAAGUGUCGUCUAUGAGUCUGGCCAACGGAGUCAACACGUCGCUGGACAUACAAUACUACUUCUACGUGUCCGACGACCCCGACACGGUCGAAAACCAGAAGCGACGGCCCGGAGCCUACAUCUUCAGACCUCUGGACGUCAAGCCGGAGGCGAUCAUAGACUACAUCGACACCAAGGUCUACAAGAGCGGCGAGGUGCAAGAGAUACAUUCCAGGUACUCGGAGCACGCGUCGUUCGUGUUGCGCUUGUACAGAGACAGCGUCGUGUGCGAACUGGACUGGAUCCUCGGCCCGCUGCCCGCGGACGGGCUGGGCCGGGAGCUCUUCAUACGGUACACCACCGACCUCGAGAACGACGGAGUGUUCUACACGGACGCGAACGGCAGGCAGGUCGUCAAGAGAAUCAGACACACGAGACCCUUGUACCGACCGUACCACCUGGACCCUGUCGCAGGCAACAUCUAUCCCGUCACAACAAGAAUAUAUAUAGAAGAUUUACGGAAGAAUCUCCGCUUGUCCAUAUUCAAUGACAGGUCACAAGGAGGGACCUCGCUCCUCGAGGGGUCGGUGGACCUCAUGUUGGACAGACUCAUCUACACCGACGACAGCGGAGUACAGACCUUCCUCAACGAGACCGUCGACGGCAAGGGAAUAGUCGUCCGCGGAACGCAUUACCUGUACCUCACCAGAGCCAGCCACAGACCUAAUAGAGUCUUCGAAAAGAGAUUCUCAAAGGAAAUAGAACUGAAACCUCAGAUAUUCUUCUCACGAAUCCGUCAAAUGGUGAGGAAGGAUCGCUGGCUCGGCAGGAGGAAUGAGUACUCGGCCCUCAAGACGAAGUUACCCAUCGGCGUCCACAUCCUGACGAUACAGGAGUGGAAUGAGGGGACUCUGCUGAUACGGCUCGAGAACUACUUAGAGAAAGCCGACGUCAUCAAGAGCGGCGUCAAGGAAGUGCGGCUAAAAGAUUUGUUCGUGAACAUAGUCCCGGAUGAGGCGGUCGAGAUGAAGCUGGCCGCGAACAUCCGCCUGAAGGAUUGGACGCAGAUACAGUGGCAGAGGAACGGCUCGUUCGUGAGCAACUUCAACGACCACUACGGAACCACGAAGACCGCGGAAUUCAGCGACGAGCGCAUGAAGCCCUUGAAGAAGGUCGACGUCCGCGCCGGCGUCCUGCUGUACCCGCAACAAAUACGGACCUUCGUCGUGUCUUACCGCGCACUCCAGCCGUGAGCAGUCAGCAGCGACGACGAUUAGCAGAUAACUAUAACCGCAUUUAGCUGGUGUACGAACCCCAGAGAAAUAAAUGUCCUUAAUCAAAUCAGCGUUUCCUCUGAACCAGUCGUCACGACUCGUGCGUCGAAGUAUUUGAACGAAGAUUAAUGAAAACACAGUCGUGAAUGUUAAUACAUCCCUCGCGGAACACACGCGCAGCGGCGGGUGUUCCGGGGACUACAGCCC